AUGCACACACACACAUUAAAACGCGCGCCUGGCACGCAACCUCCACCCAGCGGCUACAUCUACUGCGAGACCACGCCCUUUGAGGAGCUGCCCAGCAACUACUUCUGCGAGCAGUGCAACGCCCCCAAGAGGCGCUUUGUCAAGUACGACGCCGAGACCGGCAAGUCAAGCGGCGUUGCGGAGGGCACUGUUGGCACCAUCGCCACGGUCAUCGGUGGCCUGGGCGGCCUGGGCGUGCUCCUGUACCUUGGCCUCAGCGCUUGA